UGGACUUAUCCACUAAAAAAUCCACCCACAGAAUUCUCACCACUCCAUUCCCCUUCCCCUAUCUUUCUCCUCCACCCAAUUCAUGCCACACCCCUCCCUUUCACCUCUUUUCUUUCUCCUCUCUCCUUUCUCUCUCUAAAAAACUCUAAUUUUUCCGGUUAAAGACUUGGAGAACCAACCAAAUUUGAGACCCUCCCCAUACCUGCAAUUCCCUUUCUCUCUCCACCAUGGCUGCAGUUACAGCUGCUUCAGUCUCACUGUCAGCUUCCAACUCUCAUUCUCUCUCUACCAGGGCCUCCAUCUCAUCAGAGAGAAUCAGUUUCCACAAGGCUUUUCUAAGUGGGAAAUCCUUAUCUUCUGAGUCAUUCCUACAUGCCAAGAUUGUCGCUCCAAUCAGUAAGCUCUCGGUAAGAGCACAAAUUACUACAGAAGCUCCAGCAAAGGUCGAGAAGAAGCACAAGAAGAAUGAGGAAGGAGUAGUUACUAACAAGUUCAGACCCAAGGAGCCUUACAUUGGUCGAUGCCUUUUGAACACAAAGAUAACUGGCGACGAUGCUCCGGGAGAGACAUGGCACAUGGUUUUCAGCACUGAGGGGGAAAUUCCCUACAAAGAAGGCCAGUCUGUUGGUGUCGUUGCUGAUGGCCUAGACAAGAAUGGGAAGCCCCACAAGUUGCGGUUAUACUCUAUUGCCAGCAGUGCCCUUGGAGAUUUUGGUGAUUCCAAAACUGUUUCUCUGUGUGUUAAGAGGCUUGUGUACACAAAUGAGCAAGGCGAGAUAGUCAAGGGCGUCUGUUCAAACUUUUUGUGUGAUUUGAAACCUGGAGCGGAAGUUAAACUGACAGGUCCAGUCGGGAAAGAAAUGCUUAUGCCUGCCGAUCCUAAUGCCACCGUCAUCAUGCUUGCAACAGGUACUGGUAUUGCCCCUUUCCGAGGUUUCGUGUGGAAAAUGUUUUUUGAGAAGUAUGAGGAUUACAAGUUCAAUGGGCUAGCAUGGCUGUUCUUGGGAGUUCCCACCAGCAGUUCGUUGCUCUACAAGGAAGAAUUUGAAAAGAUGCAGGAGAAGGCACCUAACAACUUCAGGGUUGACUUUGCUGUGAGCCGUGAGCAAACAAACGAAAAGGGGGAGAAAAUGUACAUCCAAACCCGAAUGGCGCAGUAUGCAGAGGAGCUAUGGGAGUUGCUUAAGAAAGAUAAUACCUUUGUUUACAUGUGUGGUUUGAAGGGUAUGGAGAAGGGUAUAGAUGACAUUAUGGUGUCUUUGGCUGCUAAAGAUGGGGUUGACUGGUUUGAAUACAAAAAGCAGUUGAAGAAGGAAGAGCAAUGGAAUGUUGAAGUAUAUUAAUACCUGGUCCUCUUCCACUAUGAAGCCAUUCUCAAGUAAUUCCUGUUUGGUUAUGUCAAUAGGUAAAUGAGCCCGCCCCUUGUAAUUUGCUCUGAAUUUUCUCUCAUUGUCACCUACAUUAGCCUUCUUGUAUUUGUAUCAACUAGGUUUUGUAGGUUGUACCGAUAAUCGAUUUUCAUAUCCUGUAAACAUGUCAAUAUUGGUAUUUCAUUCUUACAUAGAAAUAAGACUUCAAGAAUUACUUCAAAGUCUAA